GCCACAGAACAUCCCGUCCACAAGCAGCUCCACCAUCUCUCAGCACCGUCCGUCACCCACUCGCUACCAGGCUCUUUUCGCAGCCAGUCCAGCUGGACUGACCCUCCCCCUUCGCCCUCGAACCCCGCACCCUCGACAACUCGGCAAACGCGUCACCCAUGUCGGGCUUCGACAGCGGCAGGCUGUUCAGCGCUCAGGUGCUCGCGGGCUCCGAAGCGUCUCGAGCACCCGACGCACCAGCGCAGACCGAACAGUCGCUGUACGAAUUCGUGCAACGAUUCCGCACGGGCAACAACGACUACAUCUACAGGGACAGGCUGAGAGCGAAUCUGCUGGCAAAGCAAAACGUCCUCGAAGUCACGUUGGAGCAUGUCCAGCUAUGGAACGCUACGCUGGCUCAGGCCAUGCGACAGACGCCAAACGAGAUCCUGCCAUUGUUCGAGUCGGCGGUGAAGCGAGCAGCGCGGGGCAUCCUGCACCCCAUCUCUACCGGCACAGAUCGAGGCAGACCGGAAGCGCCGGAUUGUCAAGUCACCCUCCGCUCCUCUGCCAAUCUGCUCGGCAUGCGCGAUCUCCAUGCAGACAGCAUCACCCGCUUGGUGAGGAUCCCAGGCAUCGUGAUCGGCGCAUCCACCCUCUCCUCUCGUGCCACGCACCUGCAAAUUAUGUGCAAAGAGUGUCGCACACUCAAGACCCUGCCCAUCUCUGCCGGAUUUGGCGGCUUCUCUUUGCCGCGCAACUGCAGCGGACCAGAGGGUAUGGAGGGACAACAGACCAAGCCAAACUGCGGCAUCGACCCUUUUGUCAUCCUCCACGACAAGUGCAGAUUCGUCGAUGCGCAGACCAUCAAGCUGCAAGAGGCGCCCGAUAUGGUUCCCGUGGGUGAGCUGCCUCGACACAUGCUCCUGUCUGCUGACAGGGCACUGUGCGGCAGGGUGGUGCCGGGAAGCCGCAUCAUCGCCACGGGUGUGUACAGCACCUUUGCCCCAAGCAGCUCUCGAGGAGGCAAAAUGGGUGGAGCGGUGGCGCUUCGACAGCCGUACCUGCGCGUCGUAGGUCUCGAGAUUGACGCAGAGGGUGCAGCAGGCAGAGGAGCUGCCCGACUUUUCACUGUAGCGGAAGAGGACGAGUUCAGCCGGUUCGCGAGGACUCCACAGCUUUACGAAAAGUUUGCCAGGAGCAUUGCCCCCAGCAUCUUUGGCAAUGAGGACAUCAAAAAGGCCAUCACUUGCCUCUUGUUUGGAGGCAGCAAAAAAGUGCUGCCUGAUGGAAUGCGCCUCCGAGGCGACAUCAACGUCCUCCUUCUGGGCGAUCCUGGUACGGCCAAAUCUCAGCUGCUCAAGUUCGUUGAAAAGGCGGCCCCAAUCGCAGUGUACACUUCCGGCAAGGGUAGCAGCGCAGCAGGUCUUACCGCAUCGGUGCAGAGGGACACGCAGUCUCGAGAAUUCUACCUGGAAGGCGGUGCCAUGGUGCUGGCCGACGGUGGCGUGGUCUGCAUCGACGAGUUUGACAAGAUGCGCGAUGAAGAUCGCGUGGCCAUCCACGAGGCCAUGGAGCAACAAACGAUCUCGAUUGCAAAGGCGGGCAUCACCACGAUUCUCAACUCGCGCACCUCCGUCUUGGCUGCGGCGAAUCCCGUGUUCGGAAGGUACGACGAUAUGAAGUCGCCUGGGGAGAACAUCGAUUUUCAGACGACGAUUCUGAGUCGAUUCGACAUGAUCUUCAUCGUCAAGGAUGAGCACGAUGAGGGAAGAGAUCGCACCAUCGCCAAGCACGUCAUGAACAUUCACAUGAACAGACCUGGAGCGAAUCCCGCUUCGGAGGUGGUGGGAGAGAUCGACAUGGACAAGAUGAAGCGUUAUGUGGCCUACUGCAAAGCGCGUUGCGCGCCGCGCUUGUCGGAAGAAGCGAGCGAGAAGCUGAGCAGUCAUUUUGUGGCGCUGAGAAAGCAGAUUGCCCAGGUUGAGCGCGACAACGACGAGCGAAGCAGCAUCCCCAUCACGGUGCGACAGCUGGAAGCCAUCAUUCGCAUGAGCGAGAGCCUGGCCAAAGUGACGCUCAGCCCUACGGUGCAGGAAGAGCACGUAGAGGAGGCCAUUCGACUGUUCAAAUUCUCCACCAUGGACGCCGUGCAAGCUGGUUCGGUGGACGGCAUGACGCGCGGCGAGCUGCAGGAAGAGGUGCAAAAGUUGGAGAGGGAGAUUAGGAGGAGAUUGCCCAUUGGCUGGAGCGUAUCCGCUUCCAGACUGCGAAACGAAUUCGUAGAGGCGCAAGGCUUUACGCAGCACGCUCUUGACAGGACGCUGUACGUGCUGGAAAAGAGAGACGUUUUGCGUUUCUCUAACCAGAGAAAAGUCGUCACUAGAACCGGCGUCUAGUCACAGUCGAACGUGCCGCUCCACCGUCCGCUUCAUCGAAUUGCCACCGCUGUCUCUGCCUGUACAAACGUCGCUCGCUUCACGCUUUCCCCCCACCUCCCCCAUUUUGGGGCGCUCAGUAGCGUUUCAUAUUUCACGAUUCAUCGAGCAAUGAGACACGACUGUACGUGGUGCGUGGAGAUCUGUGUUUGAGGAGUCGAAGUGCGCACAGCCGAACGUCUCGGUCGAGGUGAAGGGUUUCGAGUGCGC